UAAUCCCAAUGACAAGGAGAUAAAAUUCCAAAGAGCCUAAAAUUCCAAAAAUCCCAAAAAGUUCCAAAAUGAAACACCAUAUCAAAUUCGGUGAAAUGCGUUCACUACUCGCUUUUGAAUUAACUUACGAUUUCUCUGCCCAGGAGAAACGUGAUAUUAAUUGUACCAAAAUAGGACUGAUGUGAUGUUAACUAGAAUCACAGGGCUUGAUCUGAAAUCAAUCAAUAUUAAACAAUAUAGACGUAUACAAAAAAUGUGACAACAACCAAUUGAAUCAGUGACCAGUCGAUAAUCGUAUACGUAAUAAGGUCACAAGCAAAAGCAUCAGGUUGCUUAUGUUAUUGUGAUUUAACGUUGGUUUUAUCGGAUGCUAUUCUGUUGUUACACCAAACGCGUGGACCUUCUCGAGCGAGAACAGCUUGGUUGUAAUGCGUUCUACGAGAUAAUGGGAGUGAUUUGGGAAGGAUAAAGUACGAUGGACCAAAGGGACGAGUCUUCGUCAGCGACAACCUCGGAGGUUCAUUCUGGGACGUCCGAUAGAGAAGAUGAAUAUACGGACAGGAAUACGCAAGCCCAAGCAAGCAACAGCUAUGGAUCAAUGCAACCUUUGACUGAAAUAGAAUCGGACUAUCGAAGGAGGUGGUGGUCUAUACGUGUUAUGUACUUCACUAUAUUUUUCGAGGCUGUCGGUUAUUCUAUGGUCAUUCCGUCCAUUUGGCCUUAUUUACAAGUAAUCCACCGUGAAUCCACUACCAAGAUGCUUGGCUGGAUUAUAGCAAGUAACAGCUUAGCAACACUGAUUGUUGCACCCAUAUGCGGCGUGUGGGCGAACCGAUACGGCAGUAAGCUACCGCUCAUCAUUACAUUAUUCUUGGGUAUAGUAGCCAGUGUGACGUAUGCGUAUCUUUAUCUGCCGAAGCAUAAUAACCAUAUUUACAUGCUAAUCUCACGAGUAAUACAAGGAACUUCAGCAGGUUGCAUUGCAAUUACAAGAACUUUCGUUUCGGCGGCAACAACAUUAGAGGAAAGAACAGAUGCAACAGUUCAUUUGAUGGCAUCUCAGACGCUGGGAUUUCUCAUAGGCCCUGUUCUCCAGAGUGCUUUCGUUCCUUUUGGUGAAGAAUGGGUGCAAUGGGAUACUAUUAAACUUCGAAUCAACAUGUACACCAUGCCUUCUUUAGUAACCGCGUUGAUGGCGCUCAUAAACUUCCUUCUCAUUAUUUAUGUUUUCCAUGACAUUAAUAUAGCCGAUGACCCAGAUGACCCUGACGGAGAGUAUGAAGCGUUUUUAGUGGAAUCGUUACACUGCGUAGCACUCACUGAUUCAAUCGGGAAGGCUCCCCGAUUCGACCGACCAAUCAGCAUGCAUUUGUUAUUGCAUUUGCUAGAUUACAUAUAUGAUGUUCAAUUGGAUUUUCCCUUCAGGUUUGGUGAUAGAUGCGUUGUUGGUAUGCUAAUAUUGUCAUCCGGGGUAUGUUUCUUUAUUCCAUUUGGAAACAAUCAUCUACGUAGACCUGCAAAUAUAACAGACAAUGAAGACGGUGGAGGCUGCCCGUGGCGUUACGAUUGGUGCAAUGACACGCCUAACAUGAUUCUUCCCUUCUUUUACCUCGCCAUGUCCAUGUUUGCUAUAGGCUACUCAAUUUCUCAAGUUAUACUUUACACAAUGUAUACUAAAAUUCUUGGACCACGGCCUCAGGGCCUCUAUAUGGGCUUCUUCACCGGGGUAGGCAGUAUUGGAAAGACUAUAGGUCCUCUGUUCGGAACUGCUGUGUACGUACAACACGGGGUACGCUGGGCAUUCGGUUCGCUCUCUAUAUUCAUUACAACUCUUCUUAUAUUAUGUGUACCAUUGUACUCUCAACUGCUGCCUUACCAUAUAAGAAAAAAGAAAAAGAACAGAUGUACAGAAGAACUGAAACUAAUAAACAAAAAUAGAUGA